CUAAUCUGUUUCAGUCAGAGAUGAAAUCCUGUUUGAGAAUUAAACCGUCAGGACUUCGUUGUCCUCGCUUAGAAUUUAUGCUCAGUUUAAUUCAGUGAAUGCAUUUUCUGGUUUAAAAAAAAUCUUUCUUUUGGUGGUUAGUGACAGUAUGCUUAAAAGUUUAAGGUCAUUGUUCUGUGGAGACUUCAUGGAUAUUCAAUAAUUCAAUGUGAAUACAUCGUUAAUUACCCUAAGAAAUCUCCAGCUCAUACUAUCGGAAAAUAAAAAUAAUAUUGCAAAAAUGAAAGCAAUUGUAGUUUUCUACAUUUUUUUGUGUUACCAAGACCAUCUGGAGGCGAAACCUGGUAUUCCGACCCAAAAACCAAUAUUAAAGGGUUCUAGUAUUGUGUCAACGCACUAUGAUCAUAAGCCCUCAAACGCAUUAAAGAGUGGUCAAGUUGGCAGCGCCGUCGUGGACAAAGCAAAAACUGCGCCCUCCACCCCUCCGCCCCCUCCAAUUAAACCCCCAAUCCCUGCCGAUAAUACAUUGUGUUUCUCUCCUCACACAAAAAGUGAUAACAAUCAUCAAGGGGGCAAGAAUCCUCAAAAUUUAAGGGAGUCAAAUUUCAAUACGGCGAAUUCUAGUCAAAAAAUUCAACAAAAUAACAGCCAAAAAGCAGAUCAAAAACCCUUGGCAAACGUUGAAGCCUCUAAAAACGCUCCGUCAAAAGUUGCGCAUACUACGUCUCAAAAACAUACGGAACCAGCAAACGCAAAAGGUUCUCCCUCGAAACAACCGCAGAAAGGCAGUCAAAAUCAAGCCGAUGUCGCAAAUUCACCACCGAAGCAGUCACAGGCUGGCAAAGUUUCCAAGGACGUGGCUACCUCUAAAAUGGCUGGCCCAAAAGAUCCGCAUUUGAGUAAAUCGUUUCAAGCCCCGAAAACCAGCGGCAAAAAUCUCAAAAGAUCGGUCCCGCCAAAAGCUCCGGUUCAAAAGACGACGCAAUCAGCAGUAAGAGACAAACCAAUGCAAGCUGUCCUGCAGUCACCCCCCGAAGCUAAGCAAACAAGUCCGCACAAGAAUAAACUUUCGGUUGGUAUUGAAAAUGUGUCCCAAAAAUCCGAACAAGCAGGGAAACCAUUAAGCUCUACAAACUUUAAAAGUGUAUCAACAGUAAAACCAACAAAUCAUGUUUUGGGUGAUCAGAGCGACAAAAAUAACUUGAACUCCAAACCAAAACAAGCUCAAAGUUCUAACAAAUCGGAGAAUUUGACAAGUCCCAAAACCGCCUCACCCAUGCAAACUGCUUCAUCCCAUGGACUAACGAAUGGAAGCACUUCAAAAACUUUAAAUUCAAAAAUUACCCCUCCUCCUGAGGGUAAAAAAGUGAAUGGAAGUGGCUCACAAACAUUAGCUGCAAAACCCAACGCAGCUACAUCGCAAAAUCCUGUCAGUUCUAGUGCUAUAAGACCCAAUGUUGCUGCUCAAAAUCCUCAUGCACAGAGUAUAAAAAACGCAGCCGUUAAAAAUGGCCAAACUAAAGCUGCCAUCAUUCAAAAUCCUCAAAAUUCUCGCACGGUAGCUGCAAAACCUCCACAGCCAAAGACAAGCCCAGUCAAGCGAUCCAGUGACGACAAAUAUUUCUCCGGUCCGAGAAAAAAUGAUUUAAAUGGUAAGACCAACUCUAAAAAUAUCGUGCCUAGGAGUCCAAUCCCUGGAGGCUCACCAACACACACCGCCACCCAAAUGGCAGGCUCAAAAUCUACGCAGUCAAAACCAGUCAAAAGAGUGAAAAAGUCGAACGAAAAAAGACCAUACAAGAGGUAUCAUCAUGAUAAGCGUGCGGUGGGGAGACAAGUCGCAGCGCAACCAAAGUUGAGCCAAUUUCGGGUCAUUACACCUGCCGAAACUCCAGGUAAAAGAUUCAAGAAAAGCAUCGAAGCAUCUCCAGGGGAGCUCCUUUACGCCUGGAAUCAUCCUUUUAACGAGCUUGUCUAUGACCCGGUGGUAAAACGGACUAGACGAAGCGUAGGAAGUGAUCUUCAGCAUCGUGUUUGGGAGAAUGAUUUUAGAGGAGUCAAAGUUGCGAUAGGGAAGAGGAGUGUGAACGAGGCCCUGAAUUUGUUGGAAAAUCCCGGCGUCGAUGUGGCCUCCCUCUCGAAUUUCCAUCGGAGUCACGAAUCGGCAACAGCAUUCCAGCAGCGAAAACAACGGGCCGUCCCGGGGAGCAGCCUGGAGGCGAGGAAGAAACUUCAGCGCCUGAAAACUAACGCGAUCCCAGAGGACCUAUUCUACUCUUUGAAAAAGCCGCUUGUGGAUUCACCGAGCGCUAACUUCGCGUUACACCCUGACAGGAAACCGAGAGGGAUGGCGGGAGCCGAGGUGGAAGAGCGUCUUGAAAGCCCCGCAACUUUUUUCAAGAAUUUACAUAGGAGCUCCACGCCUAUCCGCCCCUCGCCGGAAGAAUUAAACGAGAAUUUUUGGGUGAGGCAAAUUUGAUGGGAUUUUAGGGGGAUAGGCGAUUAUCUGAGACGUCUUCCACCCUCCACCUUCGGAAACUUAAUAAGUGGGAAUGUAGGCAAAGUGAUAAACAAUGUGCAAGAAUAAACUUACAUAAAAACUGUUUUAUUUAAUUGCAAUUUUUGGUUGAAGUCUUUCGACACGAUUGCCAUCGUCAGAAUCUUUAGAGUCAGAAAACUAUAUUUAAACACAUUUUUCAAUUGGACCGAGUUUAACAGAAAGGAACCAA